AUGACACUCAACACCUUCAUAUUGAUCUUUCUCAUCAUCCCACUGAUCUCCUCGUCCUCCUCAAUGAACCGCGUCAAAUCUCUAAAACUGGAACUCACUAAUGAGACAGACAGCCUUCAAUGGGAGCUGGAUCUCGCUGAAAUGGCUGGAUAUGCCCUCGAAGCGAACGCGCUCAUAAAAUUCGAAGUCAACACAACCGAACCCAUCACAUUCUCCCUCAACAAGUGUAUGGAUAUGAUUCUGACCAAAGACCGUCCCUUCCAAACCGUAACCCUCUUCUUCGGUGUUCCAUGGCUUCAAUAUUUCGUCAAGGACUCCACGGAGAAAUGUUUGCACGGAUAUUCUGAACUCACUCUCGAAAUGCAUUUCGGCUCCAAAAACACAUCUGGAUUCGUCGAAUUCUCUGAAGUUGUCUUCGCUCCUUCUCAUCUUAAAGAACUUCAGCCAUCAAUUGUCCCGAUUGGAGGUCAUGGACAAGUUGUUCAAACCUUCUCGAUGGGAACGUUGAUCAAGAAUGCCAUGUUCCAACGUAACACCACCACCCUCGUCGCCAUCUACAACUACACCGAUGUCGACCCGAUUCUCGUCGGUUUCGGAAAAUGUGGUGUCCAGCCGAGCACCUUCGAUUUUGUGGGAGGCCGCCCUUUCCUAAUUCGUGGGGAGCUUCUCGACCAUCUGUACCGUCUCAGCACCUUGUAUUGUCACCAGGAUCCUUAUGAGUACACUCUGGAAGUCUCCAUCUCUGCUCCCACUGCCCCUCUCGAUGGUGCCAUCGCUUUCGAACUCCUUGCCUAUCAAACUCCGAAUGAAGUUUGGGGAUAUAUCAAGGCGCUGAUCACUAUUCUUGCGAUUAUUGUGGCGGUCGCACUCAUCAAAAUCGCGGUGUCGAUGAAAAAUGAGCCAUUGGAGGACAAAAAAAGCGGCGAGGACAACAACUUGAUGGCGAGGGAGCCAGAAACGGAAAUGGUCGAGUUCCACAGAAUCGAGGAAUAG